GCCGAUUUUUCCCCUAUUUAUUGUCUCGACGCUUCAGAAAUUGUGAGCCAGAAGAGGGGAAAGGAGGGCAACAUGGAGACCUACUUCCAGGAUGGCAAGGAGGAGGUUCUUCAAGCUUGGUAUAUGGAUGAUGACGAAGGAGACCAGAGACUUCCCCAUCACUGUGAGCCCAAGGAGUUUGUUUCUUUGGAGAAACUUUCAGGUUCACGUCUUUGUAUAUAAAUAUGUAAUUAUAUUGUUCAUCUCUCUCCCAUGCGCUUGUGAACUAGUGAGGGAAAACUGUUUGUGCUUUUCGUAUGUAGAACUGGGAAUAGUCAGCUGGCGUCUCUCAGGUGAUAACUAUGAAACUGAUGAGAACCUGAAAAAAAUUCGUGAAGCACGAGGUUAUUCUUACAUGGACAUAUGUGACGUUUGCCCAGAAAAGCUGCCAAACUAUGAGGAUAAGAUAAAGAACUUUUUUGAAGAGCACCUGCACACUGAUGAAGAGAUCCGUUAUUGCCUUGAAGGAAGUGGGUACUUUGACGUAAGAGAUGAAAAUGAUUGCUGGAUUCGUAUAGCAGUCAAGAAGGGGGGCAUGAUUGUCUUACCUGCUGGAAUUUACCAUCGUUUUACGCUUGAUACAGACAACUACAUUAAGGCAAUGCGGCUCUUUGUGGGUGAGCCGGUGUGGACUCCGUUUAACCGCCCACAUGAUGAUCUUCCUGCUAGGAAGGCAUAUCUUGAAAAUUUUGUGAAGAAGGAAGUUGAUGGCUAUGUUGUUGAAGCCCGUUGAUGUAUUGCAGAACUGCAUGUCUUAUAACCUCGCAUAAAAAUCUUCAUGCACCUGAAUAAAUUGUACGCGUAGGACCUAUAUUUGAUAGCUUGUGUUGGUCUAUGUGUGCUUGCUUAAGUUUUCUAUCUACUUGAUAGCAAUAAAACAAUAUCCUGCAACUUCCUCUGGUUUUUGAUA